UUCCCCUUAAUUCAUUCCUUUUUUACAGGGAACAACUUCCUUCUUUAACUUGGGAUAUAUCCCCCAGAUUAGAUAGCCCUCCGGGACUCUCCAUCCCUCUUUCUUGGAACACCCCCGGAAGGAGCCUAUCCGCCUAUCCCGGAGACAUGGAGGCCAUUAUCCCGGCCGCCGGCCUACUCUCCCUUCCUUCCAACCCCCAAGCCCGAGCCUUCCGCCCCUUCUCCACCCUCAGGACCCGCUUCCCCUCGGCGGCCGUUCGAGCCCACACCCCAGCUUCGAGAACCGAUGCACUCCGCUGGAGAGAGCCGAAUCCGUCGUUCUCCAAGCCGAGAACCCCCCUGGACGCCCAAAGAUUGCUCCUCUACAACGUUUCUUGCGGUUAUCGGGGAAAAGACAGGAGCUUUCCGGUCUGCGGAGCCGGAGCUGCCGCAAUUCCGGCGGAUGGAGGCGGUUACGUCGAGGAGAAACCGAAGCCCAAGUUGUUGGGCGUCGAGGUUCAAACGUUGAAGAAGAUUAUCCCGUUGGGGCUCAUGUUCUUCUGUAUUCUUUUCAACUAUACGAUCCUGAGGGAUACCAAGGAUGUGUUGGUGGUGACGGCCAAAGGGAGCAGCGCCGAGAUCAUCCCGUUCUUGAAGACGUGGGUGAACUUGCCCAUGGCGGUGGGGUUCAUGCUGCUGUACACCAAGCUCUCGAAUGUUCUCUCGAAGGAGGCUCUUUUCUACACGGUGUUAUUCCCUUUCAUCGCCUUCUUUGGGGCUUUUGCCUUCGUGCUGUAUCCCCUUCGCGAUGUCAUCCACCCUACGGGGCUUGCCGAUAAGCUCUUGACCGCCCUUGGGCCAAGCUUCCUUGGCCCGGUCGCGAUCUUAAGGAUUUGGAGCUUCUGUUUGUUCUAUGUCAUGGCCGAGCUCUGGGGAAGUGUGGUGAUCUCGGUUCUCUUCUGGGGCUUUGCCAAUCAGAUUACUUCUGUCGAGGAAGCCAAAGAAUUCUACCCACUAUUUGGCCUUGGAGCUAAUGUUGCUCUCAUCUUCUCAGGGCGAACUGUAAAAUAUUUUUCUAACCUGCGUAAGAAUUUGGGCCCUGGGGUUGAUGGUUGGGCAAUAUCUCUGAAAGGAAUGAUGAGCAUUGUGGUGCUUCUGGGUCUUGUAAUUUGUGCAAUCUAUUGGGGAGUAAAUACCUUUGUUGUCAAUGAUGCCUCUCUUCCAAGAUUGCAGCGCAAAAAGAAGGAAAAGGCCAAACUAGGCAUGAAAGAGAGCUUGAAAUUUUUGUUGUCCUCUAGAUAUGUGAGGGAUCUUGCCACCUUGGUGGUUGCUUAUGGUAUAAGCAUUAACCUUGUUGAAGUCACAUGGAAAUCAAAGCUCAAGGCACAGUUUCCAAGCCCCAAUGAAUACUCAUCUUUCAUGGGUGAUUUCUCAACUGCUACUGGUAUUGCAACUUUCACAAUGAUGCUGCUGGGCCGAGUCAUACUGAGAAAAUUUGGGUGGGGAGGAGCAGCCAUGAUUACACCCACAGUAUUGCUUCUCACUGGAGUUGGGUUCUUCUCGCUGAUUUUAUUUGGAGAACCAUUGGCCCCCUUGCUGGGAAAAUUUGGAAUGACUCCUCUGCUUGCAGCUGUUUAUGUGGGCGCAUUACAGAACAUUUUCAGUAAGAGUGCGAAGUACAGCUUAUUUGAUCCUUGCAAAGAAAUGGCUUAUAUUCCUUUGGAUGAAGACAUGAAGGUUAAAGGGAAAGCAGCCAUUGAUGUUGUCUGCAACCCCUUGGGAAAAUCAGGAGGCGCCUUGAUUCAACAGUUCAUGAUUUUGACAUUUGGGUCCCUUGCGAAUUCAACACCCUACCUUGGAGGAAUACUACUGGUGAUUGUUCUUGCAUGGAUAGGUGCUGCAAGGUCUUUGGAUGCCCAAUUUUCUCCUUUGGCGAAGCAAGCACUAGAGAAAGAGAAAUUGCUGAAAGAGAAGGUAAAAGAACCAAUGGUCAAACCAUCCCAAGAGAAUACCGAUGGCUUGGUUGAAAAGCAAGCAGUAGCAGCAAAAGAAAAUGGUUCUCUUCAUGAAUCCUUUGCAAGUAAAAACUCAACAAAUGGGUCACCUUUGAAAGAGAAGCUAGCACCUGAAUCCGAGAGUUCAUCAGAAACCACCACCCCCCAUAGUCAGUAAGGUUAAUCAGGCAUCCUAAACAGAAAGGUGCGAGUGAUGAUAAGAGGCACCUGGUAACACAAAUGUGCCAGUCUUCAGAUAGAAAUAACAUGACAGAAACAGGUAUGCAGUUGGUUCUUUCAUCUGUUUUGGUAGAAAAUAAAAUGUAUGCUAUUGCUGUAUUGCUACUGCAUCCCUGCUACUGAGGUUAGAUUAUCAGAAGAAUAUGUAGUUUUUCCCCCCAUAUUGAUGCAAUGGUCUUUUGAUUA